UAGUCGUCAGAGGGAGGCAAGGCUGUGACUCAUGCUUGCGUGAAGAGACCAAUGGGCAGACAGAGCCUGAGAUAUAAAUAACGAAUACAAAAAAGAGAUAUUCUUGAGGGAGGAAAGGGUCACUUGCGCGCCUCUGGAUGGGAUUUUAUUAGUGCGCUCUGUUGGUACUCAGCCAUCUCCGGACUGUUGCUUGUCGCGCCUUUGGCUGGCAAAUUGUAACAUCUAGUUAUAGUUUCUCUGGACUCGACAACCUGUGAGCCGUUUGAGUUAUUUCCCAGCUGGAGAUCAGAUACCAGAGGACUGAUGGCCACGUCUGAACCGAAAGCUGCCGUAGGGGACCAGGACCCUAACUCCUCCAAUUUAAGACCUCCAUCCACAACUAACGAGUAUGCGUGGAUGCACGGAUGCACACGGAAACUGGGGAUGAAGAUUUGUGGGUUCCUGCAGAAGAACAACAGCCUGGAGGAGAAAGGAAGGCUCGCGGGACAGAAGAACCUGCUCUCGUGCGACAACAGCGACAGAGACGCGCGCUUCCGACUCACCGAGACAGACUUCUCCAACCUGUUCGCCAGAGACUUGCUGCCAGCCAAAAAUGGUGAGGAGCCCACCAUACAGUUCCUGUUGGAGAUUGUUGACAUCCUCACCAACUAUGUCAAGAAGACCUUUGACCGCUCCACCAAGGUGCUGGACUUCCACCACCCCCACCAGCUCCUGGAGGGCAUGGAGGGCUUCAACCUGGAGCUGUCCGACCAGCCCGAAUCCCUGGAGCAGAUCCUGGUGGACUGCAGGGACACGCUCAAAUACGGCGUCCGGACAGGUCACCCACGAUUCUUCAACCAGCUCUCUUCUGGUCUGGACAUCAUCGGUCUGGCUGGAGAGUGGCUCACCUCCACUGCUAACACCAACAUGUUCACCUACGAGAUCGCUCCGGUGUUUGUGUUGAUGGAGCAGCUGACUCUGAGGAAAAUGAGAGAGAUGAUUGGUUGGCCCGGCGGAGAGGGAGAUGGACUCUUUUCACCAGGGGGCGCUAUCUCCAACAUGUACAGCGUGAUGAUCGCACGCUACAAGUACUUCCCAGAGGUCAAGACCAAGGGCAUGUCUGCUGCUCCUCGCCUCGUCCUCUUCACGUCUGAACACAGCCACUACUCCAUAAAGAAAGCCGGAGCUGCUCUGGGUUUCGGCACCGAGAACGUGAUCCUGCUGAGCACGGACGAGAGGGGGAGAGUCAUUCCUGCAGAUCUGGAAGCCAAGAUCCUGGAUGCUAAACAGAAGGGUUACGUGCCACUGUUUGUGAACGCCACAGCAGGUUCGACAGUGUACGGCGCAUUUGACCCCAUCAAUGAGAUCGCCGACAUCUGUGAGAAGUACAACCUGUGGCUCCAUGUUGAUGGUGCGUGGGGCGGUGGACUACUGAUGUCCAGGAAGCAUCGCCAUAAGCUUAAUGGAGUCGAGAGAGCCAACUCUGUCACAUGGAACCCUCACAAGAUGAUGGGCGUGCCUCUGCAGUGCUCUGCAAUCCUGGUCAGAGAGAAGGGAGUCUUGGCAGGCUGCAACUCCAUGUGUGCCGGCUACCUGUUCCAACCAGACAAACAGUACGACGUCACCUACGACACGGGGGACAUGGCGAUCCAGUGUGGCCGACACGUCGACAUCUUUAAGUUCUGGCUCAUGUGGAAGGCCAAGGGCACCAUCGGGUUUGAGCAGCACAUUGACAAGUGUUUGGACCUGUCUCAGUACCUGUACAACAAGAUCAAGAACAGGGAGGGAUAUCAGAUGGUGUUUGAUGGAGUGCCGCAGCACACCAAUGUUUGCUUCUGGUACAUCCCACCCAGCCUGAGAGGCAUGCCUGACGGUGAGGAGCGGCGAGAAAAACUCCACAGGGUGGCACCAAAGAUCAAGGCCUUGAUGAUGGAGUCAGGGACCACCAUGGUGGGCUACCAGCCUCAGGGCAAAAACGUCAACUUCUUCCGUAUGGUCGUCUCCAACCUGGCGGCCACCCAGUCCGACCUCGACUUCCUCAUCGAUGAGAUCGAGAGGCUCGGUCAAGACCUGUAGACCCCCUCAGGUCACCGCUGCUCUGGUGGCCGGAGGGCGAACCUGCAGUCUUCUAUCUAUCUGUUGUAUUUCCAACGCCGAUGAGGCGAAACAUUCACGGUGCUGCAGACAGAAUAAUGAUAGGACGUUGUUUUAGGUUCUUUCUAUCCAGUCUAUCUCUGUCUGAAGCAUUCUGACUGUUUCUCCAACCGUAGAGAAGCAAUGAGAGAGACUUUGAGUGUCUUACUCGCUCGUCCCACAUAGUUCCUCCUCUAGACAAAAUAUAUAAGUACUACUGUAAGUAUCUGAAAGCUCCAGGUACGACAAACAUGCUCUAACAUGUGUGUGUGUGUGCUGUGGAAUCUUGUAUUGUGUGUGUGUUUAAUCUAGUUUCUCGUCCAAUGUAGUUUGUCUUUCUGUGUGUGUGUGUGCGCCUGAGUGUGCGUGUGUGGUCAAACACUGAAAGGGAGAAAAGCACAGAUGAAAAUAUAACAAACUAUCAUAGAAUUAUUCUGCUGUAUCAUACAUUUGCUACGCAAAAUUGAAUCAUGGUGCUUUCAGCUGUACAUAUAGGCUAUUUAAUCUGCACCAACCUGAACCAGUGUCCCCUGAACCAGUGUGUGUGUGUGUGUGAAUGUGUGUGCAAGUGUGCAUGUGGCACACUGAGUGUAUCCUGUCGUGUAUUUUAAGCUAGCACUGUGUUAAAAAAUAAGCUUAUUAUUACCUAAUGUGCACACCAUGCGUGUUAAGCUGAGAAGGUUUUUUAGAAAACCUCCAGCAACUGAUCUACAGUCUGCAAUAUUUUCCCUUGUAGAAGUUUAAGAUUUAAAAACGUCCACAGCUAUCCCGAAGUCUGUGACAACUUUUAACUUGUAAAAAAAACGCUGGCUCGUUGUCUUGUUUCAUGCAAUCACGUGAUAUGUGUUUAUAACAUUGUUUAAAAGAUGAAUAUUUGAUGAUAUAAGAACAGAUAUUUAUUGCAUUUCCACUGUUUGCAGAUUCAGGUAUUUUAUUGUAAAUGUAUCUUUAUGUGUAUUACAUGGUAAUACAUUUGUAAAUGUAAUCACGGGAACUUGAGUAAAGUUUAUUUAUAGUGAUUUUUCGUCAGCCAAAGAAAGCGAAUCGGGAACAGAGCAAUCCAUCAUCCUUCAUAUAGAACUUCUUAUAGAUUAUUAUAGGUGUUUGUAUAACGUGACCUUACUUAUAGUAUUAUUAUUGACCCCUCGACUGCGAUGCAAUUUCUAUAGUGUGUUUCUUUCUGUGAUUGUGAGUCUUUUUGACCGAAUGUUUUUGAGACGACUGACUGGCCUUCUGAUGAGAUUAAGAAUGAAGUCUAUAUAACCCUCUGGCAGUCGUGCCGGUCUUUUAUUUUAGAGAAUAGCACAAGGAUGUGAGAAUGUACUCUCCUCUUGAGACUGGGAAGAAAGUGUUGUUGUAUCCGUCUGAAUCCUAAUGCAUUUACUGUAAUAUAGUAUAUAUUAAUUGUAAUACAUAUUACCUGUAUUCUCAGUGUUAACGGGAACUCAAUGGGAUAUCUUGUAUAAAGAGUUCCUGUUUGUGUCUUUGCACAAUGUUCACCUUUCUUUCUUCCAUUGUAAAUGGACGUGUACUAUGGCAGUAUUAUAUUAUAAGACUUAUGUUAACAAAGUAUUUACGGUAUCUAGGGACCAUUAUGUGAAUGGCACAAUAUUGCAUAAAUCAUAUUUAAGGUAAUCUAUGUGCUGUGUGUGGCCAAAUGACUCCUGUUUGUGACCAAUCUGGUUUUUGGAUUAAGCCAGUAAGGGAACGUUUCCCAGGAGGCACUUUAACCGAAUCAUACCAUCUCGGAAAAAAGAUCUUUAAUAAAGUUUAUUAAAGGGAAAA